CCAACUUUUCAAACUUCCUGAUGAUCUUUGGUCCAAGGCAAUGACAGCUCCGUUUCUCCACAAAAAAAUCUUAAACUCCGAAGUUUUACAUGAUAGCAUAGCUUAAUAUACAUAGUUAACUUCUCAUCAUAUCGUGUUCAGCAUUGUCCAAAGAAUGCACGAAGGAAUAAUUUUACUGGGUAUUCAAAAGUGACCGCCGGCGGAAGCCAAGCUAGUUGCUUUAGACUAGCCCUAUUUGCUAACAGCGCAAGUUAACAUCGUCAACGUGGAAAGAAGGAUGUGGGUAUGCUGACCGCUGCAACAUCUACAUACCAGUCAGAUUUAAUGACACGAACUCUCAACAGUUGCUGCAAAGAGCAUGGAAUGUAGAGAAGAGAGUUCUGUCUUGGGCACUGUAGUGUCCACUGUGUAGCGCUACUUCACUACUUUGCGUGGCCAGAGGGGGCGCCAGAAGGAGGCCGGCGAUGAGGGUGCGCUGCUCACGCAAGCUCAACCUCCUGACUAAGACCUUCUUCCUCAUCUGCGUCCUGUGGCUGGCCUACGUGUUCCUGGCCCCCGCGUCCUCCUCCGCCUCCGGGGCCGCGGGAGAGGAUGGUGGGGGACGCUCCCUGCGGCAGUUUGCCUCGCUGGGGGGGGAGGAUGGGGGGAGGGCGGCGGAGCAGCUGACCAGGCCCGUUUACGUGAAGGCGCCGGCGGACAGCAACGCGCCCGGGGAGUGGGGGAAGGCCACUAGGCUUAACCUGGGGCCCGAGGAGAAGAAGCUGGAGGAGGACAGCGUGGAGCGCUACGCCAUCAACAUCUACGUCAGCGACAAGAUCUCCCUGCAUCGACACAUCCAGGACAACAGGAUGUACGAGUGUCGAGCGAAGAUAUUUGACUACCGUCACCUGCCCACCACGUCCGUCAUCAUAGCGUUCUACAACGAGGCGUGGUCCACCCUGCUCAGGACCAUCCACAGUGUGCUGGAGUCCACCCCCGCCAUCCUGCUGAAGGAGAUCAUCCUCAUCGACGACUUCAGCGAGCGAGUCUAUCUGAAGUCUCAGCUGGCUGAGUACAUCAGCAACCUGGAGCGCGUGCGCCUCAUCCGCACCAACAAGAGGGAGGGGCUGGUGAGGGCGAGGCUCAUCGGCGCCACCUACGCCACAGGAGACGUCCUGACCUUUCUGGACUGCCACUGCGAGUGCGUCCCUGGCUGGAUCGAGCCUCUGCUGGAGAGGAUUGGUGAGAACAAGAGCACCAUUGUCUGUCCGGUCAUUGACACCAUCGACUGGAACACCUUUGAGUUCUACAUGCAGACGGACGAGCCCAUGAUCGGGGGCUUCGACUGGAGGCUUACCUUCCAGUGGCACGCCGUCCCCGAGGCCGACCGCAACAGACGCAAGUCUCGAAUCGAACCCAUUAGGUCUCCUACCAUGGCGGGUGGACUGUUUGCUGUGAGCAAGGCCUACUUUGAGUACCUGGGUACCUAUGAUAUGGGCAUGGAGGUGUGGGGAGGAGAGAACCUGGAGCUCUCCUUUAGGGUCUGGCAGUGCGGGGGCAGCCUGGAGAUCCACCCCUGCUCCCACGUGGGCCACGUCUUCCCCAAGAAGGCCCCCUACGCCCGGCCCAACUUCCUCCAGAACACCGUCCGGGCCGCCGAGGUCUGGAUGGACUCCUACAAGCAGCACUUCUACAACAGGAACCCACCGGCCCGGAAGGAGUCUUAUGGGGACAUCUCAGAGAGGGUUGUGCUGAGGGACAGGUUGAAGUGUCAGAGCUUCGACUGGUACCUGAGGAACAUCUACCCUGACCUGCAUGUUCCUGAGGACCGAGAGGGCUGGCACGGAGCCGUUCGUAACUCUGGGAUCCAUUCAGAGUGUCUGGACUACAAUUCCCCAGAGCACAGUCCUACAGGAGCGCACAUCUCUCUGUUCGGUUGUCACGGACAGGGAGGCAACCAGUACUUUGAGUACACAUCACAGAAGGAGAUCCGCUUCAACUCGGUGACAGAGCUGUGUGCUGAGGUGCUGGAGGGCCAGACCCACGUGGGGAUGAGGCACUGCCCUCGUGACAGACUCCCCAGGCCUCCCUCCAUCAUCUGGGAGUUCAGAGACGAUGGCAGCAUCUACCACCCUCUCUCCGACUCCUGCGUCACGUCCUACCGCACCAAUGAGGGACGCACAGACAUCCAGAUGAAGAAGUGCUCCCCUGCAGACAAGAACCAGCGCUGGACGUUUGAGUGGUGACAGGAAACAGGACGCAGGAAGCCACAUUGCAAGUGACCUUUUGACCUUGUGUGACGGCCUCUGUGGUGCGUUCUCCUGAAACGCAUUUUAAUGAACAGAAAGAUUUCGCAGUUCAACGACAAGAUGUUUUAGCGAAGCAAGGACUUUUAUGAUGCAAGUCUUGUGGGAACUUUUUUAAACCAUGACUGAGGUAAAAUCCACGAGGCCUGUUUCCUGUUUGACAGUGUACAGUAUCCCUUCCGGUGCCUUCGUCAGAUGCAAAAGAGGCCAGACCACACCUGAAGUGCCAAUAUUUCUACCCAUCAUUGUUAUUUCUGUAUAUACAAACACACAUUUUGUUUGUAUUCGCUUUUAGACUGUUCUCUCUUGUGCUAUACUAGACAGGUCUGUAAACCUUGUGCCUUGAAACCUGAGGGGGUCUUCAUCUUCCUUAAGUACUCCUUGACUAGGAAGCUCAUUACAUUUCUGAUGCAGAAAAAUUCUCUCAUCAAUGUUUUGAUGUCAAAACCUGUCACACAUCAGCUGAUCAAAUUCUACUUGCAAUAAUGUUUUAAGAAUGUCCAAGGGUGAUAGGAAAUGUAUCUACAGUCAUAUACUAUUCUCUCGUUCUAUAAUCACUCUUGGGUCUACACGCUUACUCUUAAGCAGUAUCUACUUUAAGUGAAAGAUUACUCUGAGACGGUGUGAUGUCUUUGAGAUAUUAGUGUAUGGCCUAUGACUGUACAGAAUGCUGUGAGAUUAACGAGGGUGUGGAAUCAUGGGAGAGUGAUACGCUGUUGGGAGCAGAACUACACUGAUCUGACUCAGCACUAUGUCUCAGGAGACUCUCAGGAGUGGACUCCAGGCUGGAACAAGACUUGAAGACGUCUGUUGAGUUUUUUUUAAGCUCAACGUGGAAUUUGACCAGAGGAAGACCCAGUGAGAAGACACACCUCAAAGUCAGACCUCUGCAGCCUAACGGGCAGACCUCGCUUUAGCACACGGGGUUCCUGCUAUUGACCGUAGAUCUGACAAGUUCAUUUCAAAGAAUCAUGUGUCACUCCCCAAACUUGAAAUUAUUUUCACCAGAAUUCUGCUAUAUCCACCCUCCCUUCUAAACUGGGAUGUCUUUGGGUUCUUCUAAUGGGGCUUGAUGGGGUUUUUGUGGACUAAAAGAACAUACAUUAGAUCUUCAUAAGAAAAGACUUGAUGUAACUUGAUUCUUAUUUUUUGCAGUUGAAGUGCUUGUUGAUUUCUUUGUACUGCAGGUGAUUUGAUAUAAUAAGUCUUUUGUGGUGUUUUGCACUUUAUGGCUUUUUGAAAUGUUUUUAUUUGUUAAGGAAUGGUUGAUCCUAGAAAACAACUCUUUACGAUGUAUUUUCUUUUCUGUUGCUUUUUGUAAAUGAUUUAAUGCAAAUGAUAAGGGAAUUGUGCGUGUUUGAACUACUAAUGAAGCACAAGAGAUUGAGAAGAUAAUCACAUUAUGAAAUAUCAUUAUGAAAAUGACGUUUGUUAUAUUUUACAUUUAUGCAUUUAACAGACAUUUGUUGUGAAUUUCGGAAGGCAGAUGGAUGCUUUAAAACUGAAAAUUAAAUUGGCAGAGUAUCAACGCUUUUAUAUGUACACACGGUUCUAAGUGGGCAUCCUUGCAUUGCAUGGGAAUAUCAAGUGUCGAUAACAGUCGAGCCUUUGUGUUUGCGCCAUCUAGUGGCACGAGAGCUUCUAUGAAAAAAGUGCUUUUUGUCAAGAUGCCAUAGAUGUCCUCAUGCAUAGAAAAAUAAAACACUCCGGUUGCCUUGUC